AGAAUCAAAUGCAUAAGGCAAAAAAUACUCAAAAUAAGCGACUACUUGAAUGUUACUUGCUAAACUUGGGAUUCUCUACCAUAAUUAUGAAGAUUUUCAGACAUUAAUGAUUUACCCUAAUGAUCAAUAAAUAGAACCAACUCGUGUUCCUCUCUCAAAUCUCAUUAUUCAAAAACAAACACAAACCUCAAAAGAAAACUUAUUUUGUUCCUUUGACCAUGGAACUCAACCUCACUACAUCAUGUUCCUCCAGUAGUAUCUCAUCGUCUUCACAUGAGGUGGGGUUUUCCACCGAUACCAAAGGGAAUAUGAGAGAGAAGAUUGCGGUUGGGCCAGCGAGUGAGACUCCAAGGCUUGAGUUUAGCUUCUUGUUCAACAGAGACAGCAUAAGAAACUCUGGUUACGGAGUUUUAGAUGAAGCAGAAGAGAUGAAGAACGAGGCUAAAGCGAGGGUGUUUGGUUGCACCUUCUGCGAGAAAGAGUUCUCUACGUCUCAAGCCUUAGGAGGACACCAGAACGCUCACAAGCAAGAGCGAUCAAUGGCCAAAAGGCGUAAAGUGAAGGAGAUGAACUAUCCUGGGCUCUCCUUCUACAGCCAGUACCCACCAAGUGGUGAUCUCUUCAGCAGUAGCAACAGCUCGCAGUACGGUCUUGGGGUUCAUUACAAUCCCAACAUUGGUAAAUCGAAGGCUUAUCCCUUCAACAUUUUCAGACGUCGAUUAGGAUAUAGAGAGCAUAACGUAAAUUCCCAUAUCCCUCUCCUGUCUCACCUCUCGUGCCAAAACACUGACGUUUUCUCCAGAAAUUUGAUUUCAAACCUAGAAGGCACCAUUCAUAUGAAUAAGGAGGAACAAGGCCAGAAACAAGAACAAGCAGAGACUGAUACUUGCAAGGAUACUGAGAUAGACUUAUCUCUGAAGCUGUAG